AUGAAAUUUCGUUCUGGGAUUUUUCUAAAAUCGGCGGCUUCUUCUUCUUCUAUUGAAUUUUCCUCGCCUUUUACCUCGCUUACUUAUUCAUCUGUUUUACGCUCCGAUUCCGGGAGGAAUUUCAUUUCCAUGAAAAGUGAAAUUCCGCGGAAUUUGAAUUUCCUGGGAAAAUCCCGUAAUUUUUCAAUUGUUUGUGGUUCUAAAGAUCACCAUGCACAGGAAGAUUCUUCAUAUCAGGGAGGUGAAUCUUUCUUCAGUAGAGCUUUGGAGGCUAUGGAGACAGUUUAUUUGAACAGGAAUCCCACAGCUAAAGCCAUCUUGGAGCUAGUUCGUUCUAUAGAUGAUGAUCGUUUAUGUUACGAUCAUUUUGCAUUUAGGACAUUUGGGGUAAAUGGUCAUGGAAUUGAUUCUAUGGCUAAGUUUUUCACGGAUUUUGGUUAUGUCCAACGAGAAGAGUUGAGAUUUCCCGCAAAGAAGUUGAAAGCUUUUUGGUUUUCUCCCCCCAACAUACCACAUUCUGAUGCUAGCAUAAGUUCCUUAGGGCCCUUACCAAGGAUAUUUAUAUCAGAACUUCUUGUGGAUCAAAUGAGCACAGAAGCUCAGAAAAUAAUUAGAAAAUAUACUAAGCUAUCAGGCAAUGGAAAUAAUUAUGCAGCCUUGGCCAGUGCACUGGGAACUUUGACUUGGAAGCAACCCUCUUUUACUGAAUUCCAACAGUUGGCUCGGGAAAGCGAAUAUGCUGCCUGGACUCUCGUCAAUGGAUAUGCAUUAAAUCAUGUCACUAUAUCCACCCAUCGGCUGAAAUCUCAUUUACGAAAGAUUGGAAAUCUUAAUCAGUUCAUUGAGCAGAAUGGUUUUAAGUUAAACUCUGAAGGGGGUGUUCUAAAGGUGAGCCCAGAUGGUCUCUUGUUGCAGAGUUCAACAGUAGCAGAUUCAACUUCCUUCCAGUUUUCUGACGGAACCGUAGAAUCUGUCCCGCGUUGUUACAUCGAGUUUGCAGAGCGCCUUGUACUGCCUGAAUUUAAAAAUAUACCGGAAAAUGAGGUUAAAGAGUACCAUAGGCGAGAUGGAUUUGAGGUCGGAAAUGCUGACAAGAUAUUCGAAAGCACAUCUAAGGAUCAGCUUACCCGGAGGGUUGUAUGA